GGCCUCUUCUAUUGAGGGACGAUUGGAUGUUAAAAAGAGGCAGGGAGGAAGAGAGAGAGGACAGGGUGAACUUGGCUAAAAUUAUUUUUUUUUUAACUUUUUAUUUUCCUUUUUUUUUAAUGGGGCCAAAUUUCUAAUACCUUUGAUGACGCUGUGUUUAAUACAAGCAAGAAGGAUUGAGAGACCGUUUUCAUUAAUAGAUAUUAUUUUGGUGUCAGAAGUGUGGUACUUUAUUAGCGACAUGUCCUUUUUUAAAUAGCUAUUUAGAUGUUUGAACUAUUUACUAUGUAAUUCAACUGUUUUAAAGCCUGUAUGCAGUCUGUAUUCUUGUACUUGAUAAUAUCUCUAUGAGCAAAACAUAUCGGAGCAGGAGAUGAUCAUUGACCUAGCGGGCCGAAAAUAAUGGCGGCCUUAGUGACGUUGGCCUAUCAGUUACGGAUGUAAUUUAGUCGCUGUCAUUUUGUUUCGAUCAUCUGGAGAAUUAAGUGACAAUUUGUGCACUUUGAAUAGCAUAAGUUGAUCACCAUUCCAGAGAAUGUAAAUAUUCGUAUUGUCUCACACAAAAACAAAGUUUAUUCUUAUGUUGUAACUACGAUUCAAGUGAAUUCUGUCAGAAGAUAGAAGCCAGAAUUUAGAGGGCGUAUCCCCUUCCCCCAGUGGUAAUGCGAAGGUGGACUACAUCGGACAAAACAACUGAUGGUGCCCACUGUCUCGACAGCUGACCAUAAAUGGGGUGGAAUGCUCUUGGGGCAUGACAUUGUAAUCUUAGUAGCACUGACUUUCACCUUGGCCUCAUGUGAACCACAGCAGACGCUGCCUACUAAGUCAGUCUCUGCCUGUUAUGGCAAUCUGAACCAGUACCUGAGAUUAGAUUGCCCAGAAGGUAAGAUUAUCAAUGUCACGAAGAUAAGGCAUGCAGCCAAGAAUAAAACCGCCAACUGCCCCAGUCCAGCAUCAAUGGACACUUACAGGAAGGAGUGCUGUGUACCAGAGGCGGAGGAUUGCAAUUCGAUAGUUCAAGAUAGUACUAAAGCAAAGUGCGACAACAAGCAGAACUGUAUCGCUGACGCCACGUGGUCCAACAUCAUCACUCAAUGUGACCAGCUCAACUUCCCUUCGCAGUCCAAUUAUAUGGUCGUUGAAUACGUCUGCAAAGUUCCUGAACUCUUGCCACCUAAAUAUACAAAUGGUCCAAAUGUCAAUGAAGGAAGUCUGUUAACUCCUACAGCCAACACAACCAUCUCCGGUGGUAAUCAACUGAUUGACACUUCUGCCAAUCAAACCACAUCUUCUUUGGGCGACUACACCAGGUCAGCUACUACGACGUUGUCGUCGACCGCUGCGACAACCUCAUCCACCUCGUCCACCAAAACAACGACAGACACAACUACGAAGGCAUCAACGCCAGCUACAACGACCACUCUGGCCACCACCACUACGGCUAAAUCCACAGCUGCUAGCUCCGCCUCUGGUGAAGUCAAGCAAACGACGACGUUCACGGUAGCAUCCAACGCCACGUCUACAUCCAACGCCAACGGAACAUCAACAGCUAAGAGAAGCACACAGAAGCACACAGCAGAAUCGGCGGAAUCGUCUGAAUCUAAAAACGAAUUGAGUGAUGCCAUGGUCGGCGCCAUCGUGGGUGGAUCCUUGGGUAUGAUGUUGACUUUAGUCGUUUUUAUCUUCUACUGGGGCAGAAAACGUCACCUUCGAAUUGUUGGUAAGCACCAACCCACCGUGUGGGAUUACCUUCUGUCACAGACAUUCACAGUGCGGGGCACUAGGGGCUACGAUCACUUCUCUAGCAUCCGGUCGUCUGCUAGCUCGGACAGUGAGACCAAUAGUCCAAUGGCCAGAAAAAAUCUCUGGCUGCCCAACAUCGUGCACAGAGACGCCAGCCCUCUUGACGACACCAUCAGCAACUACGAUAACGACGCUAACGGGUCGCACAGGGUGGAGAUACAUCCCCAAAGUGACCCGGCGCCUUUUGCCUUCCUCAAUCUGUACGUCGGCGCCCCGAACUCUAACCACCACGAAGCCUAAGUUUCUGUGUUGAUCUGGGUUUUUUUUAACUUUGACUUGUGAACAUCUAAACUUUUGAACAUCUAAACUUUUGAACAUCUAAACUUUUAAACAUCUAAACAUUUGAACAUCUAAACUUUUGAACAUCUAAACAUCUGGAUUUCUGAACAUCUGGAUUUCUGAACAUUUGGAAUUCUGAACAUUUCGACCUCUAAACAACUAAACUUCUAAAUAUCUGGACUUCUGAAAAUCUGGACUUCUGAACAUCUAGACUUCUGAACAUCUGGACUUCUAAACGUCUGGACUUCUGGACAUGUAAACUUUUGGACUUCUGAACAUUAAGCUUCUGGACUUCUGAACAUCUGGACUUGUGAACAUCUAAACUUCUGAACAUUUGGACUUCUGAGCAUCUAAACUUCUGAACAUCUAAACUUCUGAUCAUCUAAACUUAUAAACUUCUUAACAUCUAAACUUCUGAACAUCUGGACUUCUGACCAUCUAAACUUUUGAAUAUCUGGACUUCGGAUUAUCUGAAAUGCAGUGUAGUUGUUUUUCUCUAUGUCAAUCUGCAACACGACAGCAUGGAUAUUAUUACAGUCAUUGUUGAGUGCUGAAAAUAUGUUUCGUAAUAAUAUGCAAAUAUGUUUAUUAUUACGAGGAAACCUUUUGGUGAUAAUUAAAACAAUUGCUUUUACAUGCGUCAUGAAUUCACUUAUGGAGAAUGUCACUUCGAGGAAAGGUUGAGAUUUAAAAAGUCACAUUUGCUGUGACAGUCAGUUCUGAUAACAAGAAUGAAAAAUCUCCAAAUCACAGGUUUUUUAUUUAUUUCUUAAAGGUUAAAGGUGAUAUAUAUAUAUGUGUGUUAUAUAAACAUGUAUUCUCAUUCGUUUUAAUUUAAACGUGUGUAAAUAGUUGUAUACUUCGAGUUUCUUUCUACUCAACGUAUUGAUUAAAGGUCCUAAUGCGUGAUUAUAGAUGAGCACAAUCUUGUGUUCAAUAAACUCUGAAGGUGGCUGUGAAAACACAACAGUCUUAUAAAGUCACGUGACAUUCAAUGCGGUAGUACUUUGAGCAUCUUUCAGUUUGACUUUUAUUUUGAAAUAUGUACUAUUCCCGUUUUUUUUUUCUACAAUUUUUGUUACAUUAUUACAUCUUUUUUUUUUUUUUUUGUUACAACUUAUGAUUCUAUUUCAAAUGUAGGCAAUUUUUAAAAAAUUCAAAUCGCCGUUUGAAGUCAAUAUUAAUUUUUUUUAAAUGUUUUUAAGGAAAUUAGAUUUUAACGGGAAAAAAACAAACAAACAAACGUGAAAUUUAUUUGGAAAUGAUUAUAUAUCCUAGAUAUUAUCUAUAACUGAUAUUACAUGAAUUUUUAUGUUCAUCCAGGAUCGAUGAUGUGCUUUUAAUGCUGUAUGAAUAAAAGUUUUCUUUGUUUUUUCUAACAUGUCAUUCUAUCAAUGAUGUGUCUUGUGAAUAGUAUCUUAGAGCUCUAUUGUUAUUUAUUGCUAUUUAUAUCUAUGUCAGUUUUUUAAAGUCUUGUUGGCAGAGUGUUAAGCUACGGUGUAAAUUAUCUCGCUGACCUGCUGUGCAACUUUUAAACCAAACAGUAACCGAAACUUAAUUUAUUUCUGUAUAACAAUCGUAUUAUCUCUUACGAUGAACUGUUGAUAUUGUUAAAAUUUUAUCAAUUGUAUUUUCCUUCAAUAUAAAGAUUAGUUAUUUGUUAUUAAAUAAUGGGCGGAGCUGAAGUACUUAUGUUAAGAAUGAAAGGACAUUACCUAGGAGAACCAAAACAAGCUGUAAAUGUAAAUAAAUGUCUUUAAUUUAGAAUAUUCUUAUGCAAAAUGUUCGACCUAUUCUAUGGACUGUGAUGUAUUUCAUUUUGUGGUUCUACCUUUUAACUUUAUAUAUUGCAGGCAUGAAAAUGUCGUUAUAAUUAUGAUAUAGUUAUCACAACGUGUAUUUUUGUGAACCAUUUGUUGCUUCGCUGGUUGUUAUUAUUUUAAUUUGUCAAUUUUAUAUAUUUUUUUAACGACAAUGCUAAUUAUUUAUUAAUUUUUAUGUACAUCAUUGUAUUAUUAAUUGUGUGAUUGUUUAUCUUUGCAUCUCAAUUUGACUAACGAAAGAAAUUGUUCUGUAGUUCAUCUUUGUUUUGUCUUGUUUAAUUUACAUAAUACAUUCUCGUAGUUCAAGUUUAUCUGACCUUAUGUUCAACCUUAAUCUCAUAAAUGUCUUGUUGUUUUGUUGUUGUUUUUGUCCAUACCUAUUGUUAAGCACAGGAGGCACGGUGUCUGAAUGGUAAAGCGCUUUGCUUCCUGGGUUCGAAACUGGGUGAAGCCUGGCAUUUUGAAUUUUUAGGGUGCUUGAGUCCACCUGAUGGGUUACUCUAAUGGGUACUCGACUUUAAAGAUGGAGAAAGUAAAGGCGGUUGGUCGUUGUGCUGGCUACAGGACACUCUCGUUAACCGUUAGACAAAGACACAGAUGACCUUAACAUCAUCUGUCCUAUAGAUCGCAAGGAUUGAAGAGAUACAUUAAAUGUGUUUAAAAUUGACCUUUUUAAAUAAACAAAACAUUCCAAUGUAAUCAGAAGAAAUUCUUGUACAUGAUAUUUUCUUUAACACAUUUAUAUUUAACAUCUUAUAUUUCUUACUAAGCAUAUACUCACUGUAAUAGUUAUACCUUUUAUAUGGUGCUACUUUCAUGCUCGUAGCGCUAUGGUCCAAUCUCAUUUGUGGACCAGAGGGGGUGGGGGUAUCUGGGAGAAGGUUUUCCGUGCUUUCCUUUAGGUGCUCAGUAGACACAACUGUACUCGAGUCGGGUGUCAAACCUCGACCUCUACCUCAAUCUAAAACUCAAUCUCAACCUCGCUUGUAAGGUCUAGAUUUUACGUAUAAUUCUAUAAAUAAAUGACCAGAGUGUCCUUGUUCUCACUCGUUCAUCGACACUUUACGUCCAUCUUGUUAAUCGCAAUGGUGCAUUUACUUGUGCAAGAGUUUCUGUUAGAUCGCACGGGAUGAAGAAAUGUCACUAAAGCUGGCUUCGUAUGCUUCAAAAUUACCUGCCCGUGGCAUGCGCUCUGGACUGUGGUUACAAUCUUCUCGGUUGGUAGCCCUACCCUCUGCUGGAGGCUAGGUUUAGGAGAAAUAAUCUUCAAUCCCAAAAGAAAUUCUGAAUCUUAAAAUUCUUCGAAAGCUAAGGGGUUGUAAAUUAUUCUGGCAGUUAGUUUUGCGUCUGUGCAUUGAUUGGAGUCAGAGGGGUAUCCGAGAGUCCUAGUGAGGACGUUACAAAGUGCGUGAUAGUUUUACUUGUGUAUAGCGAACAUAACAGUUUAUGAAACAGUUUUAAAGAAAUGAAUAAAAAUGAUAUAAUAUAAAAAUCAAUAUGUGGUUACAAUUUGUAAGAAUGAAUUACGUAGUUUUUAUUUUAUUCUUAAUCCGACUUUUCAAGGUGGUUAAAUAAUUAGUGUAAACAAAAUUUACUCCUCUUGUUGAUGUGUUUGUUAAUUAUUCCUUAUUAAUGACUAAUGAUUAUAACAUUUAGAUACUAAUUUUUUCCAUUGAAAUGUGUUACCAAUGAUUGCGGCCUUUUGUUGUAAUUGUAAAUAAACAUUUAAAGUGAGAAAGUUA